AAGAUGGGUGGAGAGUAGAACAAAAAACACGCAAAAAAAAUAUAAGAAAACAAAGAUAGGAAAAAUGUGCAAUCUUUUGUUAAUUUUAGAAAAUCAAUUCUGGGAAUGAGAUGUGCUAGCGGAUAAGAUAUAAUGCAGGCCUUGGGCAGAUCGGGCCACUGUCUGGGUGCCAGUUCCAGCUCGAUUCUUUACGCCACAUCAACAAAAACAAACGCACACUCACAAAGAUGUCGAACAGAUGUUCUAUGCCGAUUACGUAAUUAUGUGAAUUUGGCGCAAAAUUCAAUGCCAAUGUUGGGAGACCCAGUAGCAGCAGAAAUAGCCGCAGAACGUGAACGCUUUCCCCAGACGCCGCGACGACUUUUGCACAGUUUUGCUGCCCCUCGGUAUUCGCGUUACUCGGCCAGCACCAUCAUGACGUCCUACUGCAAGGAGCUGCACCUCAAGGACUAUGACAUCAUCGGCUUUGAUCUGGACGGCACUCUGCUGCGCUACGAUCUCACCAAUAUGUCGGCCCUCAUUUACAAAGUGCUGAAGCGAUAUUUGGUCGAGAACAAAGGCUACUCCGCUGCACUGCUGGAUCUGCCCAUGGAUCUGGACUUUCUGCAGAAGGGCCUGUUCCUGGAUGGGCCACGUGGCAAUAUCCUGAAACUGAGCAGCGAGGCACAGAUCCUGCGAGCCACCCAUGGCACGCGGCAGCUGAGCGACCAGGAAAUCGUCGCCAUCUAUGGCCCAGAACGACAAUGGGCGAUCACCACAUCAUUCUACAAGGAUCCGCUGUCCACCUGGAAUGGUGCGGCCUCCGAGCAGAUGCGCUCCCUGCUGGACUACUUCGAUACGCCCAGUGCGCUGGUGUUUGCCCAGGCGGUGGAUGUGGUGGACAAGCAGAGCGGCUCCCAGCCAGAGGAGUACGAAGUGUGGCGCGAUCUGCAGGCCGGACUGAUGCACAUUUUCAGCAGAGAUCACUUCUCGAAUGACAGCAGUCUGUACUUCAAGGGCAUGCGGGAGGAUACACCAAAGUAUGUCCUGUGCACGGACAGCUGCGUUCUGGACUGGCUGUCGGCGCUGAGGAAAUCCGGCAAGAAACUCUUCCUGCUGACGGGCUCCAACAUUGAUUUUGCCAAUAUGACGGCCACCCAGGCACUGGGCAAGAACUGGCGGGAGUAUUUCGACUUUGUGGUGACCUACGCCAAGAAGCCGGGAUUCUUCACCAUUCAGCGUCCCUUCCUGCAGGUGGAUGUGAGGGAACUGAAGGAGCUGGCCAACACGGAGCUGCCGCAGGAUGCAGGCGUACUCAAGCCAGGGGAGAUCUACUCGCAGGGCAACUGGCAUCAGCUGCAUGGGGCACUCGCCAAGCUGCUCAACAAAGAGACGGCACAGGCCAAAGCUCUGUACUUUGGCGACAACAUCAUUCAGGAUGUCUACACACCCGUAAAGCAUCGCGACUUUGAUGCCGUCGCCAUUGCCGAGGAGCUGCUGAUGGAGGAGAAGAAUUAUCCGUAUUUCGCCGAGUUGGACUCUCAGCUGUGGGGCUCGUACUUUGCCAUCGGCUGCCAGCCCACACUUUGGUCGAAUUUUAUCAGCAACUUUGCCCAGAUCUGUGUGCCCUCCAUGAAGGAGCUGGCCCAGUUGGAGCCCGCCCAGCGCAUCGUUUGCACCAAUCCGUAUGGCUUUUCGCCCAAGCUGCCCAAAGAGCUGGAGACGGUGAAUCCGACAAGCUGCUGGCAGGGCGGCACAGGGAGUGCCCAGUGAGUGACAACACCAACCCACCUCACUUAUCAUCGUCUGCUGGUGACAAUAAACGAUCAAUGAACCUCCCCCCAAGGCCUUCGACUCGCAGAUAAUCUAUGCCGCUGCAUCUCAUCAAAAAUUCUAAAGUCACACAACAAAUAUUUUGUCCUCAGUGCGCGACAUAAUGCUAAGCACAUGGACAAACAAAUGUAUCCGUACAUUUAUUGUAUGUUUAUGUUUAUGGAAUAGAAUAUACGACAAUUUUUUAGCUACAAUUUAUACAUAUAAUUACACCAAACGAAAUUUCUAUAAUAUACUACCGAAACGCAGUGUACAUGCUUAAAUUAAACUUUGACCUUCACUUUGUAUAAAUAUAUCAUGCAUAAACAGAAGCAAAUUGCAUAAACAAA